UGCAAGCACUUACGCCGCAGCAUUCGGACCUCCGCCGUAGGUUCCGCAGCUUCACAGUUUUCCACACGGGAGUUUUUCUUGCAGCUCUUGCACGCGCGGAGAGACGGUUGUUGUUUAACGAACGCGCAUUAGGAAGCUGUUUGUCGACGGAGCCGUCCGAAUUUUUUUUACGUACGUGACGUUCGUUUUUCUAACGGAGCGAUGUUAUGGAUAGGCGGUAUACCCGGGAUCGGUCGUCGGCGUCUGAUCGUCUGCGUCGCGUUGGCGGUCGCGCUAUCGAUCGUCGACACCGUCGACGCCGUCACCGCGGACAACGCCAAGGACGCGUGGACGGGAUUUUCGACGUCGUGCGUGGCUGAGGACUCGAAGAAUAUAUCGGUUUCUUGUCACGGGGUGCGAAUCGUCCGGAAGAUCGUGCAACAACUACUGGAGACCACCAGCAAGGAAAGAAACAUCGAACUGUUCGAUGGCAUCAGUCUAGUUGAGACGUCCGGAAGCGGAUCCUCCCGGAAGGCUAGAGUGUUAAAGGGCUUCGGAGGACUCGGACCUGUCCUACAGUUUCUGGAAGGUAGAGAACUGAGAAUCAAACUGCCGUCCCUGCUUCCACCGAAUAUCGAGUCUGUUCUAAAGGAGAGUUUGCCUUCCGAAGCUGAAGCGAGAGGAGGUGGAGGAGGCGGCUUUGGCGGCGGCGGCGGCGGCGGUGGUUUCGGCGGCGGCAAAGGUGGCGGCGGUGGCGGUGGCGGCAAAAAAGGCGGUGGCGGCGGAUAUAUGAUUAUGGCUCUUAUGAUGGGUAAGCAUUCGUGACUAAGAAAUAUUGCG